GUGAACCAUUGCCGAUGUGAUUCUAAGUAAACAGACAUGAGAAUAGAAACCUACAGUGACAGUGCUCGGCAAGACUGGCAAACAUAGCAAUUGUGUGAUUCAAUAUGCACCCAUCCUCCUGUGACACCUUUGUGGCUCUGCCCCCCUCCACUGAGGGACAACGCAUCAUCUUUGGGAAAAACUCUGACAGGCCUUGUGAUGAAGUCCAGGAGGUGGUGUAUUUUCCUGCCAAAGACUAUGAAGCAGAGGAGAAAGUUGAGUGUACAUACAUAGAGAUUGAGCAGGUUGCCCACACUUAUGCAGUUGUGUUGAGCAAACCAGCAUGGCUGUGGGGAGCAGAAAUGGGUGCAAAUGAGCAUCAAGUGUGUAUUGGAAAUGAAGCAGUGUGGGGCAAAGAGAGUGCAGAUGGUGACGAAGCUCUCCUCGGCAUGGAUCUUGUCAGGCUCGGACUCGAGAGAGCGGAUUCAGCUGAGAAAGCUGUGGAUGUCAUUACUGAGCUGCUGGAGAAAUAUGGCCAGGGAGGAUCCUGCAUGGAAGAUGAGAGUGGCUUCACCUACCACAACAGCUUCCUCAUCUCAGACAGGAAGGAGGCAUGGCUGCUGGAAACAUCUGGGAAGUACUGGGCAGCAGAGAGAGUGGAAGCUGGAUACCGCAACAUCUCAAACCAGUAUGGCAUAACGACUAAAAUAGACAAGGAACAUCCAAAAAUGAGGGAAUAUGCACAAAGCAAGGGCUGGUGGGAUGGAAAGUCUAAGUUCAACUUUGCCACCGUCUACUCCUUUACGACUACAGCCAGAAUAGAAGCCUCUGGGAGCCGGUACUGUGAGGGGAAGAAGUUGCUGCAAAAGAGUGACGGUCACAUCACUGCUGAGACAAUGAUGGAUAUCCUAAGGGACAAAGAUAGCGGCAUCAACAUGGAGGGCAUGUUCAUGACAACAGGGAGUAUGGUGUCUGUGAUACCCACAGAUCCUGCUCUGCCAGGGGUUCACUAUUUUACAGCAACUCCAGACCCUGAAAGGUCUGUAUUCAAACCUUUCAUCUUUGUGAAUCACGUCAACGAGCUGAAGGAGACGACCUCUCCCAGUUACGGUCCAGAUGACCCUGUCAAGAAGAAACCCCGCUUCCAGAGCAAACCUGACCGCAAACACGAGUUGUUUGUCAAACAUGAACUGGUGGCUGCCAUUGUUGAAUCUUACAAGGACAGAGGAAAGAAGAUCACAGAAAGUAUGAGGCAGCUGGAGAAGGAAAAGAUGACACAGAUGGAGGAACUUCUUUCACAGGGUAUUGAGAACCCUAAACGUUGGGAAGAUCUGUUCCCACGCUCUGUUCAGGAUGAGAUGUAUGCGUAUGGCAAAAGCUAAAAAUAUAAAACAUGAUUCCAGGGUGACAUUAGCAGCAUAUGUCACUGCAUUUUACCUUUCAUUUAGAUAUUAGAAUCAUGCAUGUAUGAUGAAUCAGAAAACAACUGAAAAGUUAUCAAAAGAACUGUAGAAAAAAUAAUGCAGCCAAGGACGCUAAGGCAGUAAAUUUCCCAAAUCCAAUGUUGUACAAUCUGGGUGAAACUGUUGACCUUUAUGUAUCAAAUCAUUGCAGAAAAUAACAAAUUCAUUACGUGCUACAUGUUUCAGGGUUCUGUGAUGAAAUUUAUUUUAAAAGAACAGCACAAUAAUAAAUAUAGUCCCUUUGACAGAA